AUGGAAAACGAUUCGCUCGGUGGUAGCAGAUAUCUGCUACUGAUCUCCGAGAGUGAAGACUACAUCCGGAAGUACAUCACUGUGGUUCAGACGCAGUUCAGUAAGAAGGUCAAGUUUGUGCGACACGACGGAGCUUGCGAGCUCGCAACCAACUCGAUUCAGAUGUUUUACGAAGACCAAGGUAUUGAGCAGCAGACCACGGUCCCGUACGCGCAUCAAACCAACGGAACAGCAGAGCGUGCCAUUAGGACUAUCCUUACGAUCGGCCGCACCAUGCUUCACCAUGCCAAAUUGGACAAGUGUUCCUGGGCUGAAGCAGCGAUGACGUCCAUCUACGUCAAGAAUCGACUGCCGUCACCUAAAUUCGUACUCAAGAAUACGUUUGAGAUCUUCUACAACUCGAAGCCAAGUGUCAAGCACAUGCGAGCAUUCGGGCGCCAGACGUACAUACUGACGCCAAAGGAGAAUCGGCUUAAGUGGGAUCCAGAGGCUCGCACUGGCAUAUUCGUAGGCUACGAAGAAGUGUCGAAGGCGUAUCGAGCUUACGACAUCGAGACAGGACAAGUAGUUAUCAGUCGCGAUGUCACCUUUGACGAGUUGUAA